AUGUUGCACUCACCAACAGAGGCUGGCCUGCCCCUGUGCGAGCCGGGCGCAAUGAUUGGCGAAGUUUUUCCCAGCGAUGAUCAGGAAGACAAUGCAGCUGCUGCCGCCGAGGCCCAAGAUCUAUCCGGAAUUUACGUCCAAAUGAUCAAACCCAACAGUCCCGCGGACAAUGGAGAUGCCUCAGUCCGUGUGGGCGACCGUCUGGUUGCUGUGAAUGGCCAAAACGUUAUGGGUAGGAGUUUAUCGGAGGUUGCUGACCUUCUUACCUCCACCAUUGCUGCUUGCCGGGCAAGGACUCACAAGCAUCGGCCUACAAUCAAGUUCACAGUUAAUCGUUUCUUCCAGCGUAAGACGCAAUCGGAACGUCUGGCUUCUGAGAACAACCGAGACGUCAGACAUGAGGUGACACCGCAAAGUGAGAGGACCAAAGGUCACAGAGAUUCUUCAGUUUCGUCAAAUGUCAAAACACCAAGGAAGAAGACAUCUGUGACAAUUUACGAGAGGGAGGGUGAACGGCCCUCACGACGAGACAGCUCCAGCAGUCGACACAACCGUAGUGCUUCCGUGGAUCCACGUGGUCGGUCACGGAAGGAAACCCUUGAUGACAGUCCGCUGUCGCCCAAACGCCGUUCCUCGACUUUUACACGCGAGGCCAUGGGUCGCCGCAGUGUCUCCGAGAAGCGGCAUGCCAACAUGGAGGCUACUAGCAUCAAAUUCUUUAAUGAAAAUGUGCUUCCCCUCCGCUACACUGACGAGAAUGGUAAGCCCAAGUCAAAUCCCUCCUCUCCUUUGGCUUUUUUGGUCGGUUUCUACUUUUUUGGGGGGAUUCGACUGUUUUCGAACCCUUAA